CAUUUGGUCGUCAUUGUUUUGACAUAACAUCCUUCCUCACUCACUCACUCACUCACUCACACACAUCGGCAUCUUCCCUUCUUUUCUUCUCAUCUCUCCUCCGAAGCAACGCUCACUCUUCACAAUACAUCUUUUUAUCUACAUACCUGUUUAAUCGAACACCAUCAAGAUGCAGAUUAAGACUCUUCUCCCCGUUGUCCUCGCGGCAGUGGCUACAGCCAGCCCGGUUGCAAAGCCUAACUACAAGACUUCCACCCCGGAAGCUCAAUACCCGACUACCACUGAAGAAGCUCACUACCCUGCUUCUACCCCGGAGACCCACUACUCUACCUCUACUCCGGUGGCACAGUACCCAACGACCUCCGAGAAGAAGACCAAGCACUCGACUUCCACUCUAGAAACGCAUUACACUACUUCUACUCCUACUCCCGAAACCCACUACUCCACCUCUACUCCCGAGACUCACUACCCGGUCUCCACCCCGGAAACCUACACCACCUCGACCCCAGUGAUGCGGUACCCUACUUCCACUCCCGAGACUCACUACUCGACCACAACUCCCUCUGCUACUCCGGAGACCCACUACACCACCACCACAACCACCACUUCUCAGGAGACUACUUCCACCCCAGCUCCUACCAAGAAGACCAAGCACACCAAGACCAAGGAAGAACACACCAAGACUAAGGAGGAGCACUCUAAGACCAAGGAAUCCCACGAGAAGACUAAGGAGUCCCACGAAAAGACCAAAGAGGCCCACACCAAGACCAAGAGGGGAGACUACCCAACCACCAAGUACCCGGCAGAGACCCCAUCGACCACUUCCAGCACCCCAGCCUCGACCACCGGCUACGCUUCUUCCAGCUCCACUCCCGAGCCCGAGGGUGGCCUUUCCAAGGUCUGCCCCGGCGGCAACACCCCUCUCUGCUGCCAAGUCGACGUCGACGGCAUCAUUGAUCUGACCUGCGCCAGCCCCGGCGUCGACCUAAACAGCCUCGAGGACUUCACUUCUGCUUGUGCCGCCAAUGGCUUGACCGCCGAGUGCUGCGUCCUGCCCGUCCUCGGCGAGGCGCUUCUCUGCACCGCAGUCUAAGCUACCUACCUACCUAGGUACCGGUACUUGGUCGAGGAAUUUACGAAUAUGAUGGGAUUUUUUUUUCAUAUACACAUACACGGGCUCAUUUUAUUAAUACGGUUUUGGCGGCUUGGGGAAAACUAUUAUUAGACGUCCGCCGAUUCGGACACAGCAUUCGUACUGGGGGAUCGGGGUCGGACACAUUUAAUUCUUACCGUUCUUUGUACUCGGCUCCGCGUCGAAAUAUUUUGGCAUUAUUGUCCUUUUACAUACCUUUUUUAUAGUUC